CUUAAGUCAUGCGCACUCGUGACAUACACGUUCAUCUCAGACUGCACGCACAUUUUAACAGUGUUUGUUACUGAAGUAAACUUUAUUUGCAGAUAUGGGGAUUGAAGCCUGGUACAUGGACAGUUCUGAAGAAGACCAGAGAAAACCGCACAAACUGACCCCAAACCAAACAGUCUCUUUGGAGGAUUUACAAAAGCUUGGUGUAUAUCACUGGAAGUUAAAUGCUGAUAUCUAUGAAACUGACCCAGAAUUAGUGAAAAUACGCAACGAGCAAGGAUACACCUAUAUGGACAUCAUCACUAUUCAUAAAGACACACUGCCCAACUAUGAGGACAAGCUAAAGAUGUUCUUUGAGGAGCACUUGCACCUGGAUGAUGAGAUUCGUUACAUUCUUGACGGUCAGGCCUACUUUGAUGUUAGAGACAAAGAAGACCGAUGGAUCCGGAUCUCCAUGAGCAAAGGGGACCUGAUCACUCUUCCCGCUGGCAUCUACCAUCGCUUCACUCUGGAUGAAACUAACUACACCAAAGCCAUGAGGCUGUUUGUGGGAGAACCGGUUUGGAAAGCCUACAACCGUCCUGCUGACGAUUUUGACAUUAGAAAGAAGUAUGUGGCUUCUUUACAAGGAUCCUGAAUUUUUAUUUAUUUUUUUAUUUGCUCAUUAAAAUGAACAUGACAAAACAGGCAA